AUGCUGCGACUGUGCGGCAGGAAGUUGAGUGGAGAAACUCCAAAGUACGGGGAACAAGACUCCACCUACGGAGUGGAGAUCCGCAAUCAAACCCUGGAGGGGGAGUCGUGCAAGAAGAGCGGUGCCCUCGACGCCAGCGUCAUCUUCAACAUGCAAGAACAGUCGCCAGCCCAAAAGCACGGGGACUCGGACUAUGACUAUGAGCAUCACGACCAAGGGCAAAAGCCGGCUUCAUCAAAGGCUUUACGCAUCCUGGAGGAACGAUUGCAGUCAAUUUUUCCAGACGGCCGCCUCGCGCGAGAAAGUUGCGCCGAAUUUCUUCUUGCGAUUGGCGGCAGCCCAAAGAGUGCAAACACCCUACUUAGAGAAUGUGGUGGGGGUCGAGAUGACGCUCACAUUGAUAUCAAGAGCUUCAUUGAUGUCCUGUUCCCUCGCCCUGGCGCCACGAACGCGCAGGACUCGGCUGAGCUUCGACCGGCUUCAGAGGAGUCUGUCUCGCAAGAGGAGCCGGUGAGAUUGCUUCAUCGAGACCUUCGAUUGGAGAUGCAGAAAUCAGCCGAUGCGGCGGUUCCCUUUCGCCCCAGAUUGGAAUGUUGGGAUUUUGCAGGUCAAGGAGUCUAUGCUCAAAGUAACCUUCUCUAUUUCCACGGAAGAGGCAUUUACCUGGUCUUUUUCGAUGCUAGCAAGUCGCUGGACGAGGCGUGGCGUGAGAUAGGCUUUUGGCUUUGGGCCGUAGUGCAGUAUGCACGUGACGACGGUUCCAUUGGCUUGAAUAGCAGCACGCAAGCACCGCCAAUUAUCUUGGUCGGCACGAAAUGGCAACGAAAGCGCCUGGACGAGCGAGAAUUGGACAACCUUGUGGAGAACUUUCAGCUUUUGUUCCCAAGGCUGAAGCAGCAGCUCCAAACGGGACCCGGGGCAGGGGUUUGCAAGGCAUGCAGCUCCAGGUAUGUUUUUCCGAUCGAGAAUUUUGGUGAUCAGACCUACCUGGAAUUGCUUCGUGCGCGUCUUGGGAAGGUCUCCGAAGAGCUCAUUCGGCCCCCAUCAGAUCCACCAGAUCCACAUUCACAUGUCGGACUGCAGUCAGAAAGAUACUUGCCGUCAUGGCUCAGGGCCCAUGAUCUUCUCACCGGGCUGGGAGAUGGCAUCCAGGUCAUCAUCUCCAAACGGGAGCUGUCAGUUAAGCCGACCGGGCUGCCAACCUCCAGUUUCGUUCUGCAGUCCAACCAGUCGAUGCAGGCUCUCACCGGUGAGCGGUUCAUUCUGCCCAAAGGCGCGAGGGUACGUGUCGAAGUCGCGCAAGUGCCCGAAGAUGAUGCCGGGAAAGUCGAGGCUAGGAUUUCCUGCACGAUGCUUACUCUGGAGCAGGCGUGGGAACUCUUGACGUCGUCGCUACUGCAAGGUGAUGAGGUGAAGAAAGUUCUUGGCCUGCUCCAUCGAUUGGGCAAGCUUUUCUGGUUUGAGAAGGAGCUGCCGGAGUAUGUCUUGUUGUCCAUCAGAAAGGUGGCGGUUGCAUUGACCCGCAUCAUGAGUUUGCGGUUCUGGGAGGAGGAGGGGCUUCAGCAUUCAGAGAAGUACAAGAAGGAGUUGCGAAAGGGGCUUCAGCAUUCCAAGCAUUCAAAGACGUACAAGGAGAAACUCCGAAUAGGAAUUGACUCUUCCGAGCUGCGUCGGUUGAUCACAGAGGGGAUCGUCAAAAAGCAAGCGCUCUUUGCAUUGUGGAAGUCUGACUUCGACGAGGGAGAACAAAAGGCGAUGGCGGAGGUCGUGCUUCAGACAAUGGUACAGAAAGGGCUGAUAGUGGCACAAGGCUUUCGUGAACAGUACAUGGUGCCGUGCUGCCUUCCUGAGGCCACCAUGCCGCAAUCAAUCGACGAAGCUGCUGGAACCCGGUACAUGUACCUGGAGGGAGUCAUUCCACCAGCAAUCUUGGCACAACUUGCCCAGCAGCUCUGCAAAAGUGGCGAUGUGCCAAACAAGUUGAGCCCAGGCCCACCCCAGCUCUUCCGAAAUCAUGUGGAAUUCAGUACUGAUGAAGCCCGAAUCGCCAUCACCCUGUGCGCGGCGGCACCGCUGGUUCGGAUUCAAGUGAAAUCGCGCAAGCGCGACGUUACUGAUGGGGAUCAGAGAAAGGUGACGGCAGAGGAGGGACAAGAGAUGAACAAAGUUAUUGAGAGCUUCAUGACAGUGGUGGGCAUCGACGCUGGGAACAAGGAGAAGCUCGUCUUGCCACUGCCUGACAAUGACAAGAUGCGCCUGAACCCGGCCCGUUUCUUCACGGAAUCCGCAUGCUCCAAGUGGGCUUGCAUCGCCGGGCUGUCCUCCUCCUGCUCUCGAUGCCAACUCUACAGACUCAUCCAAGAGCGCUUCCUCCCCGACCUCAGCAGGGACCUGGCAAAAGCGGUGCAGGCAGUUUGCGUGCAGAACGAUGUCCGCCCGGCCGGUAGCUUCCGGUUCACUGCCAUGAAGUUUCCGGGUGACGUUGACAUGGAAGAGUAUGUCAUAGCCCGCGAGGAGGAGGAAGCUUUGGCACUCAGCAGCCUUGUGGGCUGGCUGAGAGACCUUUGCACAAGAUGCCAAGAAACAAAGAACCUCUACUGGGCGGGCAUGAAGGCAGGGACAGAUCCGCGUGACCCGAAAUCGAGCAAAGCACUUUCCUGGAGCAUCGAGGAGAUCGAGGCCGGCAACAAACACUGCGGUCAUCGCACCGUGGAUUUGCGGGACGCCCUAAAGCAGGGCAACAGAUCGCGGACAGCAUUCAUCACCAUCUUCGCAAAGACGAGCUUGUUUUCCGAUCCUCGCCCGUCCCACUUUUUCGAGAUCACGAAUGUCAUACGUUUCGGUCAUGUGCAAAAUGGCCAGAUCAAGGCAGUAUCCCACCCGUACGACAUCCUCGAGAUCUUGGAGGGCCAACUGCAUACCUACUCUGGGGAAACUCCCCAAACUAUGAAGUACGUCAAGCGCCUCUGGGAGAGGGCAGUUUAUUUGGCCCAGCGGAACAUGGCCGUCGAGGAUUGCCGCCUGACGCUGACGGCUCUGCAGCCGGUUUUUUGCAGCUGGGUAGCCCGGCUGGGCCAGAUCGCAGCGCAUGCCGAGACGCUGCGCGAGAUGCUGACCAGGGAAGCUGUUGCAGAAGCGGCGCGAUCCGACGUGCGAAAAGACAUGGACGUUUUCCGCAGCAGCCUGGUGGAGAUGAAGCAGCAAAUCCGGGAGUCGGGCUGGGAGAAAGGCGCAGCGGACUAUGCACUGAACUCGGUGGAGAGUGAGCUCGGGCGGUUCCCACCUGGUUCGGACGCUCGCUCUGAGGGCGAUCUCGGGCAGGAGCUGAACAGGUCUUCGACUGUGCUUAAGGCAUGUGUGGAGUGCAUGCUGAACCACUGGCUGGGGAGAUUCCCGCACCCAGUCACACGACCUCUCCUUGAGGACUGGACAUUUCCAUCCUCCCAUCUGCCGAUUGGGACAGCAGUUGCCGAAACCUUUGUUGUUUGCUCUUGGAAUGUGCAGAACGGCAUUGCUGAUGAAAAAAGCCUCAGCGAUUCUCGGAUCACCGAACUUCGUGAAAAGCGUGCUCCAGGGAUCGUCAAGAUCAUCCACAAAAUGAUCCGUCCUCCGGAUUGCCGGGGGCAUGACACACCUUGGCGUGAGAAGCACAUCCUUUGCCUCCAGGGAUGCUGGCCGAGACUGCUGAACAUGAUCGAUGAGCACCUUCAUGAACUUCAUGAUUCUCCGUAUGAGAUUAAAUACAAGCAGGACGGCUCGGACAAUAAGCAGGCUAUGCUUUACGACAAGCGCAAGAUGGACCUGAAGCUGCAAGACCUUCACGAAGAUGACUGGAAGAAGGCCAUUCUGGCGGCGAAGGUGGAGCUCCGCUCGGAGGAGCUCCGCGCCCUGCAGGGUGCCAGAAAGCUCCGCAUCGUGGCCGCGCACCUUCCGGUUCUCGAGCCCUUCGGCCCCGCGCGGCUCUGCGACUUUCCCGAGAAGCUCCAGGGCUCGGACCCUCUUCCGACACUUUUGUUGGGUGACUUCGGCUUCACGCAGCAGGCCAGUGAACCUUUGCUGACGCACCACGUCAAGCUCCCACACGUCGAGUUCGUGCCGAUCCCAUAUGUGACAACCAUCUGGGAGGGAUCGCAACUUCCGAUUCGGACCGACUGCAUCGCCUCGCUUGCCAAGCAGCUGGAGGCAAUGCCGCUGAAACCUGAUGAGCUGGUCGGCAAGUUGCAAGAGCAUGUUCAGCUCCUGCAAUCGAGGUCGUUGGGCUGGGCUGACUUCAAUCCGCUGGCAAGGUUCGACCGGUGA